CGACUUCGAAUUGCUGAUCUAUUCAUGCACUCGAAUCAUCUCUUCCGAUGCAAGUCCUACCUGACAAUGCAAUUCCUAAACUUCGCCUGCUUCUUCAUACCGCUCUUAACGACAUGCGUCAAAUGUCACGCAACGGAGCUCACCCAUUGCGGCCUUCUCGGCCCAGUGUAUCCUCUACCGAACAAGUGGACAGACACGCAUGCCAUUCGUGAUGCUCAAUCAACCUUCACGCGCCUCAUGGGAGACGCCAUCCGAAACGGGACGACGCCCUGGGGACCAGUUGAUGCUGUCAAUACCACAAUAUCUAUUGGAGUUUUCUCGACGCAAUCCGAUACGCUGCUCGCAAAAUAUCAAUACACGGGCUCCUCACCUGAGAUCAAGAAGCGCCUGACUGGCUCAAAGCUUGAUACAGAUACUCUGUAUCGACUGGGAAGCGUCACCAAAAUGUUGACCGUCUACACCAUCCUUGCAAAGCUCGGUAGUAAAUACUGGUCAGAACCAGUGACCAGUUUCAUCCCGGAGCUCACAGGACUCACUGUUCGCAACUCGGUUUACAAUUUCAAUUGGUCGGAGGUGACCUUGGGCUCGCUGGCAGGGCAGAUCAGUGGCAUUCCGCGAGAUUACUCGCUCAGCGAUAUCUCUGAUGUCCCUGGUAUCACCACCAUCGGAUUUCCUCCGCUCAACACCUCUGAAAUUACGGCUUGCGGGCAACCAGGGUUGGAGCCUUGUUCCGUUGCAGAGUCACUCAGACUCAUUCUGGAGCAACACCCUGUGACCGCUCCGUGGCAGACUCCGACAUACUCCAAUGAAGCUUACCAAUUGCUGGCCAUGGCCUACGAGAACAUCACUGGAGAAGCAUUCACAGACGCUUUCAAAACCGCCUUGGUUGAACCUCUCCAGCUGAGAAGAACUUUUUGGAAGUCCCCUCGAAAUGAUUCCAAUACUAUGAGGGUCGACACGGCCGGACUCAACACCUCCGAAGGGGAUUUGGGAGAAUUUGACCCGGCUGGCGGUGCUUGGGCAUCUCUCGGAGAUUUUGCAGAACUCGGUCGUUCAGUACUUCGGUCCUCGAUACUUCCAGAGCGCCUCACUCGUGAAUGGCUCAAACCUAUCUCGCACUCUAGCCAGAAGUUCUCAUCCGUUGGCCAGCCCUGGGAGAUAGUCCGCAUGGAUGUCCCCGUCGGGCCUGGCUCGAAAGAGUCUCGAGUGGUCGACUUGUAUACGAAAAAUGGCGGAUAUGGUGGGUACAACGCAUGGUUGUUCUUGUCUCCCGACCACAAUAUAGGUAUUGCGGCUCUUGUCGCAUCGAUCGGAGCUCCCGAGGCCGGAGCUCCCACUCUUUUCGCAUUGUCUGAGCUCGCACUUGCCACCUGGAUUCCUGCUGCAGAAGCUGCGGCAAGGGAAGCUGCCGCCGCCAAUUUGGUCGGUACCUUCAGUUCACAAGACGGACUGAACUCGUCUAUCUCGCUGCAAGUCGUUCCAGACCAUCAGGGUCUACGCAUCACACAGCUUGUUCACAAUGGUACCGACUUUCUCGAGCUGCUCUCGUUGAUCUGGGGUCGGGCAGGUGGGAGCCUUCAGUACAUGAAUCUCCGAGAUGAUGGACGGCUUGCCUUCCGCGCUAUGUGGCAGACUGCAAAAUCCCAGUACCCUCCCAAUGCAGUGUUGAGGAGAGAGUGCAAUUUCCAGUGGUCAGACGUCGACACUAUCAAGUAUGGAAAUGCUGGGCUUGAUGAGUUCAUCAUCAGUGUCGACGGGGACGGCAAGGCUACCGCUGUGGAGGCGCCGGCGUUAAGAACAUUGUUUUCAAAGCGGAGGAUGUAAGCUGGUCAAAGGAGGAUAGUAGAGAUAUGAACAAUGUAUUUAUAGUCAUACAUCAGA